AUGGCUCAUAUCGACAGAGCCAACAUUGGAAAUGCGAAGAUAGAGGGUAUGGACAAAGACCUGGGGCUGGUCGGGAAUCAAUACAAUAUUGCGUCGACGAUCUUCUUUGCUCCCUACAUUGUUUUCGAGAUCCCGUCCAACAUGAUUUUGAAGAAAGUUCGUCCUUGUAUCUGGCUCCCAGCGCUGGUCAUCGGCUGGGCCACCAUCAUGACACGUAUGGGGGUCGUCAAGAACUUCCAAGGUCUGGUAGCCUGUCGAGUCAUGCUGGGAUUUGUCGAGGCCGGAUUCUUCCCCGGUGCCGUCUUCAUAGUCAGCUCGUGGUAUAUCCGCACGGAGCUUCAAGAGCGCCUUGCCCUCUUCUACACAGCGUCCGCCUUUUCCGGUGCAUUCAGCGGCCUCCUCGCGUUCGCUAUCGCCAACCUUGACGGAUCGCGCGGAAUUGCAGGAUAG